AGUGCAGAGCUGUGCUAACUCAACGACAAGAGGAGAUUUCAAGGAGGAAAAAGUGGAUAAAAGGGAGAACUCAACACAGACGACUGAGGAUAAAGAGCAGAAAACAAACAGGACAGUGUUUUCUCUCAGUUUGCGUGGAUGGUGAUUUAAAAGACUAGGACAGAUGGCAGAUUUACCUUGCUGCUUCACCACUCACCAUUAGGGCUUGCUGCUGGGACAGGAUCCCAUGCCGUCACGGUGACCUGUAACCCCGCACCCCCUGCCAAAGUCAUCUCUUGGACUGGCUUUUAACUGGCUUAUCAAGUCUAGACUGACACACAAAAAUCAGGGGACACAUUUUUGAGUGGAUCUGUAAGCGUGCCGUGGAGGUGUACAGAGGACGGACACCGCUGGCCUCGUUCACCACAGGACCAUGGGCUCUCUUCUCUGGGGCAGCUUUGCACUGGCCUGUGGACUGAUUCUACUUCGGAAAGGGGGCGACGGAGCCCACCAGAACAAGGCCAACGUCCCGCGACUAAAACUUUCCUACAAAGACAUGCUGGAGUCCAACAACCUUGUAACGUUUGAAGGUCUGCUCAACAGUUCGUCUUACCACACCUUCCUACUGGACGAGGAGAAAGGAAGACUGGUGGUGGGAGCCAAAGACCACAUUUUCUCUUUCAACCUCCUUAACAUCAGCAAAGACAUCAUACAGAUCCCUUGGCCGGCGUCUCCCAUCAGGAGAGAUGAAUGCAAGUGGGCCGGAAAAGAUCUCUCGAGAGAGUGCGCAAACUUUGUCAAGGUGCUGCAACCUUUCAACCAGACUCACCUCUAUGUGUGUGGAACAGGAGCAUUCCACCCAGUGUGUUCCUACCUUGAGGUGGGAAAGAAAUUAGAGGACAGCGUUUUCCGACUUCUGCCUCACAUUGAAAAUGGCAGAGGAAAAAGUCCCUACGAUCCGAAACUGCUCACCGCAUCCAUGCUGAUCGAUGGGGAAUUGUAUGCGGGUACAUCGGCUGACUUCAUGGGACGUGACUUUGCCAUCUUCCGGACCCUUGGAAAGCAUCACCCAAUCAGGACAGAGCAGCAUGAUUCCCGCUGGCUCAAUGAUCCCAGGUUCGUAGGUGUUCACCUGAUUCCAGAGAGCGACAACCCCGAGGACGAUAAAAUCUACCUGUUCUUCAGAGAGAACGCCAUCGAUGGAGAACACGCUGGGAAAGCCACACACGCUCGAAUCGGCCAGCUCUGCAAAAAUGACCUCGGGGGACAUAGGAGUCUGGUGAAUAAGUGGACCACCUUCUUAAAAGCUCGCCUUGUCUGCUCUGUGCCGGGAAGUAACGGCAUUGACACACAUUUUGAUGAACUACAGAAUGUUUUUCUUAUUAGCACCAAGGAUCCCAAGAGCCCAAUCAUCUAUGCGGUGUUCACCACAUCCAGCAACAUCUUUAAAGGUUCAGCCGUGUGCAUGUACAGCAUGACUGACAUCCGCAGAGUCUUUCUGGGGCCUUAUGCUCAUAGAGACGGACCCAACUAUCAGUGGGUGCCCUUCCAGGGACGAGUUCCUUACCCACGGCCCGGGACAUGUCCGAGCAAGACGUUCGGAGGAUUCGACACAACCAAGGACCUUCCCGAUGAAGUAGUAGUCUUUGCCCGAAGCCACCCGGCCAUGUUCAAUCCUGUCUACCCGAUCAACAACAGACCGAUCAUAGUUAGGACCGACGUGGACUAUCAGUUCACGCAGAUAGUGGUGGAUAAAGUAGAAGCAGAAGAUGGCCAGUAUGAUGUCAUGUUCAUAGGCACAGAUAUAGGAACGAUUCUGAAAGUGGUAUCCAUCCCAAGAGGCUCGUGGCAUGACCUGGAGGAAGUGCUGCUGGAGGAAAUGAUGGUUUUCAGAAAGCCAACAGCCAUCACAUCUAUGGAGCUUUCAACAAAGCAGCAACAACUGUACCUGGGCUCAGACAUGGGUGUGUCUCAGAUGCCUUUGCAUCGCUGUGAGAUUUACGGAAAAGCCUGCGCCGAGUGCUGCCUUGCGAGGGACCCCUACUGUGCAUGGGAUGGGACCGAGUGCUCCAGAUAUUUCCCCAUGGCUAAGAGGAGAACCAGGAGACAAGAUAUCAGGAACGGAGACCCUCUCACGCAAUGUUCAGAUCUGCAGCAGAACGAUGAACUCAGUGAGCAGAAAACCCUGGAGGACAAGAGCAUCUACGGUGUGGAGAACAGCAGCACCUUCCUCGAGUGCAGCCCCAAAUCGCAGCGAGCGCUGACUUAUUGGCAGUUUCAGCACUCUCCUGACGAGCGCAAACAGGAGAUCAAAUCAGAGGAACGUUUUAUCCGCACAGAACAAGGUCUGUUGAUCCGCACGCUCAAUAAGAAGGAUUCCGGCAUCUAUCUGUGCCAGGCAGUGGAGCACGGCUUCAUGCAGACGCUUCUGAAGGUGACCUUGGAGGUGAUUGACACCGAACACCUCGAGGAUCUGCUCCACGGUGACGACGAGGCUGCCACCAACGCGUCGGUGCAGGACCUCCUGCCACCUCGAGAGACGGACAAUCACAAGCUGUGGUACCGAGACUUCCUGUCUUUGGUCAAUCACCCGACUUUGAACAGCGUGGACGAGUUCUGCGAGCAGGUCUGGAAGCGGGAGCGCAAGCACAAGAAGCAGAAAGCUCACCUGGUGCAGCACCAGCAGAAGGCGGUGCUGAAUGUCCACAACCACAUGAACAAUCAAGGCCUGGCAGCCAAGUGGAAACAUCUUCAAGAGAGGCAAAAGGGGCGCAACCGCAGGACCCACGAGCUGGAGCGGGCGCCCCGCAGUGUCUGACCCAGAAACCUUGUCUGAAAGCACACCCCCGAUUCUCAUUCUGUGUCCCUCAUGGCUGUUCCCAUUAACUGAGCUACAGACUCCUUCCGCAGUAACUGGCUUGAAAGCAUAUUUCUUCCGCCCCAAAAUGCCAGCUGCUGUGUUCCAUGCACGGGCGUAGCGGCGCUGAGGAGUGUUGUGUCACAGCAGACCGUCGGGGGCAUGUUAUCUCAGCUGGCCUCAGCUGCUUCGGGACACUUGUGUCAAAUAGAGCAAGAAGUGAACACACAAACC